AUUGCGCUUGCUAGCGAGCUUAUCGGCUACAAUGAUCCCAGAUAUUAUAUCAAUAAUUGUGACAAUGAGCGGAUGAUGAUUGCGGGGUCAAUGUCGACGCGCACAGUCAGGCGAAUUUGACUCGCGACGCACGGGAGAGGAGCGGAGCGGCAGCAGCAGCUCAUUGUGGUAUUACAGCAGGAGGGGAUCCCGGUGCGUGUGUGCCUGUCUGUCCGUGCGUUUCUGUGAGCCUCUGUCAAGCGGCGACGAGCGGACGGGGCGACCAGGCUAGCCUGUAAGCCGAUCAGGGUCGAGAUCGCACACUAACGGGUUUCACGUCUGGGAUUUCUGCGCACCUACAUGCUGUGACGGGGGUGCAAGGAUGAUGCGUCUAGCGUGUUCCACAGCCCUGCUGUUCGUGUUUAGGCUGCUGGUGGGCUUGCCUUGGUACCAGGUUCUCCCAGCCGUCCUGAUCUUCUACCUGGGAAGCGGAGGAUGGAGCUUCCUGCAGAUUUUUGCCAAAACCAUUGGCAGAGACUUACAUGCGGCAGGUGUGCUAUUGCAGGUGAAGAUGAAUGUCAGACGCCACCUCCGAGAGAAGAACACCAUUCCCAAGAUCUUUGCUGAAACGGUGGCCCGCCACGGGGACAAGACGGCACUGAUCUUCGAGGGCACUGGGGAGAAGUGGACCUUCCGACAGUUGGAUGAGUACUCCAACAGAGUGGCCAACCUGCUGCUGGAAAGGGGUUUCAAGGACGGCGACGUGGUGGCUCUUUUCAUGGAGAACAGAUCCCAGUAUGUGGGCCUCUGGCUCGGCAUGGCCAAAAUCGGCGUAGAGGCCGCUCUUAUCAACUUCAAUUUGAGACUAGAAGCCUUGGUCCACUGUGUCACCAUCUCCAAUGCCAAGGCGGUGGUGUUUGGCUCAGAGCUGAAUGAAGCGGUGUCUGAGGUCCACAGUUUAAUGGGGAAAACGGUGCAGAUGUUCUGUUCAGGAGACUGGGACCCCAAACAAGUCCCACAGGGAACCGAGUGCCUAGAGCCCCUGCUGGAUAACGCCCCGUCUCACCUGCCAAGCCGGCCGCAACGCUGCUUCACAGAUCGCCUGUUCUACAUCUACACGUCGGGAACCACUGGGAUGCCUAAAGCUGCUAUCGUUGUGCACAGCAGGUACUACCGCAUGGCAGCCUUGGUAUAUUAUGGCUUUAGGAUGACUCCAGAUGACGUGUUGUACGAUUUCCUUCCUCUCUACCACUCCGCAGGUAACAUUGUGGGAGUGGGCCAGUGUAUAAUACAUGGCAUGACUGUAGUCAUCCGAAAGAAGUUCUCUGCCUCGCGUUUCUGGGACGACUGUGCCAAAUACAACUGCACUAUUGUGCAGUACAUUGGUGAGAUCUGCCGAUACCUGCUGAACCAGCCAGUUCGGGACACGGAGAAACAACAUCGGGUGCGCAUGGCACUGGGCAACGGCCUGCGCCAGUCCAUCUGGGAGGAGUUCAUGAACCGCUUCAACAUCCCACAGAUCGCAGAGUUCUACGGAGCCACAGAGUGCAACUGCAGCCUGGGCAACUUCGAUAACAAGAUUGGUGCGUGUGGCUUCAACAGUCGGAUCCUGCCCUUCAUCUACCCCAUCAGACUGGUGAGGGUUGAUGAGGAGACCAUGGAGCUCAUUAGGGGACCUGAUGGCGUCUGUAUUCCUUGUAAACCUGGUGAACCUGGGCAGCUAGUCGGCAGGAUCAUUCAGAAUGACCCUCUUCGGAGGUUUGAUGGCUAUGUCAACCAAUCGGCAACCAGCAAGAAGAUAUCUCAGAGUGUCUUCAAGAAGGGAGACAGUGCCUAUCUCUCUGGUGAUGUGUUGAUCAUGGAUGAGUGCGGCCACAUGUUCUUCAAGGACCGUACAGGAGACACUUUCCGCUGGAAAGGAGAGAACGUCUCAACGACCGAGGUGGAGGGAACUCUCAGCAAGCUGCUAGACAUGAAGGAUGUAGUCGUCUAUGGAGUGGAAGUACCAGGAGCCGAGGGAAAGGCUGGCAUGGCCGCCAUCGCUGAUCCGUCUCACUCUACUGACCUGGGGAAGUUUGUGAAGGACAUGGAGAAGGCUCUUCCUCCCUACGCCAGACCUGUAUUCCUUCGAUUCCUUCCAGAGGUCAACAAGACAGGAACGUUUAAGUUUCAGAAGAUGGACUUGCGUCGGGACAGCUUUGACCCCAGCGCAGUGUCGGACAAACUUUACUUCCUGGAUUCCAGAAGAGGGUCUUAUGUGCAGCUGGACGACGAGCUUUACCGCGCCAUCCUGUCAGGAAAACACAAAUUGUGAUGAGCAGGCUGACCACUACACAUGUACACGCACACAUACAGAAAAGAAGACGAUAUUGCGUGACCAGAAUAGCAGAAUGCAGGACCAUGUCCCCAUAAUAAAAUACAUAUAAAGUGAUAGCCAUACACACUCCCUUGCACCCAUACUCAAAUAUUUUUUUUUUGAUUCUUAAAGCUACACACACAUUGUAUUCCCAAAACCUGUUCUUUAAAAUCCCUAAAAGCAGACUUAUGCACGCCACACAAACACACACAGCACUCCAUCCAUCCCCAGCAACUCCUCUCGCUACCUCAGCAAACACAGAGAGAGGCACAAACUUAGUAUUUGGUAACUUGAAACCACCGUUCAUAGCCACACAAUCCCUGCCCACACAGGCCUCAAGCAGCCACGCCAAUCCAUCCUGGUCCAUCACACCAUGUGUUGCUGGGGGGGACACACCUGGGAGGGAUGUGUGGAGUAGUAGUUGCCUGGCAUCCAGAAUGCAAAAACUACUAACUAAAGAUAUCCACAGACUUAAAGGAUGCUGAGAAGUAAAAUGGAAUCAGUAUAAAAAGUGUGUGUGUGGGACAACGGAGGGACCUAUGAGGACCUAAACUGUCUCUCUGUUUGUCAGCCAGAUUGUUUCGUAAAAGACUGGAGGCUCUACCACCGACUUCACCUGCACAAUCAGCAGUGACAAACCUGCAUGACAACCACAGCUUUAUGAGGAUAACUAUAUAAUAAUAUUUCUUGCACCUGUCUGGUCUCCUUGUCUUCAUUUGCACCACGCUCUACAGAGCUUGAGAUGAAAAUAAGCAAAGGACACCAAGGUUUUUGUUUGUUGUUUUUUUAAAAAGGG